UGAAAUUCAAUCAGCUUCUGCGAUUGUCGCUGAACGUCAGUCACUCUAUUACAUUUGAAUUUAAAUCUUUGAAUUAAAAAUGAAACAAAUCUUGAUUCUCGCUACAAGUGCAUUGCUGUUGGUACAGCUGGUUCACGCUUUACCUCAUACAAAACGAGAGUCGGUCGCGGUUGCUGUGCAUGAGAACCAUGUCUCUCGGGAUGCCUCAUCUGAAGAAGACGACCCCAAGCUAAGAGUUGUGGCUUACACUUUGGGUGAAAUAGCUGUAUUAGCAAAAUAUACGGUCGAUAAAGGUAGCGUAGUAGUUAAGAAUGCCGUGAAGGAAUUAAAUGAAAUUCCAGUCAAAGACGAGCUGUUGCAAGCGAAUAUUACUCGUAUGUCUCGCAUUGCUAAUGAAGUGCCUCAGCUUGAAAAGGAAGAUGAAGCCCAAGGCAUUAUAAAACUGUUCGAAUAUAUGGUUGAUUUCGCAACAUUGAUGGAUGACUAUGAGAAAAUGCCCGAUGAUUCGAAAUUAAAAAUUACCAUAAAGACAGCUUUAGAAAAUAAUGGUUUCAGUAAGUUUGAAAGCGAAUUCGAAGAGAAAAUCCUUGCUUUAGCUAAGAAUUUCGAGCAUGUUUUUGGAGAAUUCCUUAAAGAAAUGACUCCAGCGGAAAAAUCAAAGAAUUCCAAAUUAGUUCAGUGGUAUGAGGAAUUCAAGGCUGAAACUGAUAAGGAGAAGAAACUUGACAAAUUUGGCGAAUUCUUUGAUCUCAUCUGAUUUAUUCCAGAUUACGAAAAUAAAGUGUUGAGUAACGAAAG